AUGCGCUCUCAGUUGUGCUUGGCGGAAGAAAGCGAAGACUCCGAUGCAGAGUUUCCUCAAGGCUCUGGAGUGGGAGAUCGCGACAGCAAGAAGGGCCUAGGACCUCGUGUAUACACGAACUGUGCAGCUUUCUUGAGUUUGAAGACGGAGGGGCCGGCGGGGGAGGCUGAUGCACUCGAUGCUCUAGAUGCGACCCGCAUCCACCCGACUGAGGGGAGCUCCUGGCUUUCACGGCUAUGCAGAGAUGCACUGGAGGCGCAUCAAGGGGAUAAAAAAGAGGCGACAGCGAAGGAUCCUCCAGAGGAGACAGAGGAAGAAGCCAUUGCGGAGGUUCUUAAAGACCCUUCCAUGUUGGAGGGCUUAGAUCUGGAGGCGUUUGUCGGACUGCUUAAGGACGAGCCUGAAGGAUGCCGCAUGCUGUCAGCAACAUGGAAACGGAGAUAG